UGGGUGGAGAAUGCCCCUGGUGCCCAGGACCUUACCUUGGCCUCCCUGAGCCAAUGGGGAGGGACAGGCCCAGGGGAGAGGCAGGCCGAGGUGGCACUGGGGCAGCAGGUGGGCAUGCUCCAGUCCUGUCCCUAGCUGCCACCAGCAUGGGGGGUCCCUCAGGGACCCCAGGCCUCCUCCAUGUCCCACACCUCCUUCUCUGCCUGCUCUGCGUCCUCCCACUGCUCCAAGAAGCCAGGCUGAGCCACGUCCCCGAAAACCAGCCCCUGUGGGCACUGCUGGAGCAGUACUGCCACAUGGUCACGACCCUCGUCAACCUCUCAGGUCCCUACAGCUACUGCAACAGGACCUUGGACCAGAUCGGAACGUGCUGGCCCCAGAGUGCGGCCGGAGCCCUCGUGGAGAGGCCGUGCCCCGAGUAUUUUAACGGCAUCAAGUACAACACGACCCGGAACGCCUACCGACAAUGCUUGGAGAAUGGGAUGUGGGCUUCAAGGAUCAAUUACUCACAGUGUGAGCCCAUUUUGGAUGACAAGCAGAGGAAGUACGACCUGCACUACCGCUUUGCCCUCAUUGUCAACUACUUGGGCCACUGUGUGUCUGUGGCAGCCCUGGUGGCCGCCUUUCUGCUUUUCCUGGCCCUGCGGAGCAUCCGCUGUCUGCGGAACGUGAUCCACUGGAACCUCAUCACCACCUUUAUUUUGCGAAAUGUCAUGUGGUUCCUGCUGCAACUCAUCGACCAUGAAGUUCACGAGAACAAUGAGGUCUGGUGCCGCUGCGUCACCACCGUCUUCAACUACUUCGUGGUCACCAACUUCUUCUGGAUGUUCGUCGAGGGCUGCUACCUGCACACAGCCAUCGUCAUGACCUACUCCACCGAGCGCCUGCGCAAGUGGCUCUUCCUCUUCAUCGGAUGGUGUGUCCCCUGCCCCAUCAUCAUCGCCUGGGCCAUUGGCAAACUCUACUAUGAGAAUGAGCAGUGCUGGUUUGGCAAGGAACCCGGCGACCUAGUGGACUACAUCUACCAGGGCCCCAUCAUCCUCGUGCUCGUGAUCAACUUUGUAUUUCUGUUCAACAUCGUCAGGAUCCUAAUGACAAAAUUACGAGCAUCCACUACGUCCGAGACCAUCCAGUACAGGAAGGCAGUGAAGGCCACCCUGGUCCUCCUGCCCCUCCUGGGCAUCACCUACAUGCUCUUCUUCGUCAACCCUGGGGAGGACGACCUGUCACAGAUCGUGUUCAUCUACUUCAACUCCUUCCUGCAGUCGUUCCAGGGUUUCUUUGUGUCUGUCUUCUACUGCUUCUUCAACGGAGAGGUGCGCUCAGCCGUGCGGAAGAGGUGGCACCGCUGGCAGGACCAUCACUCCCUCCGAGUCCCCGUGGCCCGAGCCAUGUCCAUCCCCACGUCGCCCACGAGGAUCAGCUUUCACAGCAUCAAGCAGACGGCCGCUGUGUGACCCAUCAGUCGCCCACCUCCCUGCCACUCCUCCCCAUCCUCCUCCGCCUUGUUCCCCCGGGUCCUCCUUGCCGUGCAGCCCCGGAGGAGGGCAGGAGGGGCCAGCUCGGCAGCCAGCAGGAAGGAGGCACACAGCCGUGGAAGGGGGCUCCCGGUGCCCAGGGCCAGCUGGGGCCACAAGUCUCAGUGGGAGAGGGAGCAGAAGGAGGUCACAGGGACCUCCUGAGUCGAGCAGGUCGGAUGUCUUCAGGCAUAUGCCCACCCAGCCUCUCUCACCUGGCCCUCACUGUAACCCCAUUCGCAGAUGAGGAAACUGAGGCCCAGAGCGGGAAGGGCUUGCCCAAGCCACACAGCUAGUUAGUGGCAGACACAGGCCUCCUCCACCCCACUCACGGUGCCAGCAGCCAGGCGAUGGUUUGGCCCUGUGCCCUGCUGCCUUCUGCCUCCACACUCAGUGGCGCCCUCUGCAGCAGGGGGAAGGCACACAGAUGGGAGUAGAGGAUUAAUUUGUCUGGCUUCACACCAGGGGCUCUCACUUGUACCCCACCCCUGACCAGGCUGUCCCUCAACCCCUUCCCAGACAUUCUCCUGCCCCUGGGGCUCCAUGAAGGAUGCUGGCUUUCAGGCCUGUGUAACUUCUCUGCCUGUCCACAGAUGGAGGCUUGCGGAGGGGCAGGUGGGGAGGAAGACACGGCCAGAGCAGCCACUCUAAGGCCAGCCAGACACAGUGCAGGAUGAAUAGGAAGGUGUGGGGGUGAGGAAGGAGCAGCCAGAGUAUAUCUUUGGUGAUUGGAACUAAUCCCCCAACCCCCUCCUCAGACUGAGCUUCACAGUCCCCUCUAGGAACAUCUCUGCUCUCUGUGAAAUAAACCAUACCUCUUGGAAA